UCGUGUGCUGCGAUUCGAUUUUGUGUUAAUUCUGCUCUCGCGGCGAUCGGACGUGGUUUCGUCUCUCGUGUGUGUUUGAAUAACAAGUAUUUAACAAAAAUUAAGAAAAUACACUCCAGGCAGCAUGAAGCAUGAAAAACGGCGAUUACAGAAGUUGCAGAACCAUUUUCGCUAGUAGUUCGCGUUUCGGAAACGGGAACGGUUCCGCGAUUUUGUCCGGAAAGUCGUGUAUCGGAAUUUUCCUCGGGUUGGCUGGUGAAACUGCUUUAUCGAUCAGUGUGUGUUAGGAAGAAAUACGAUUCAUCAUAGAAGGUGUUGCAACUGAAGAGUGAAGUGUCCUCCCGGAAGAUUCUGGACCCUCCAGAGGGGAUCCUUCCGGAAGCUCCUGGAGCUCCUGUUUUCGGUGGUGGUGUGUAAGGAAGCAAUAAGGAAAAAAUCAGCCCCAAAAAUCAAGAUGGCGAGCUGCUAGAGGAGCGAGAGAGUGUGUGAGAGAAGGCCUCCUUCUUCUGUCCUGUCCUGUCCUGGCUGUCCUCUUAUUGGUUUUGGUCUUCUUCGUAGGUCGUGAAGUGUGUUUUUUGUGUCAGCCAUCCAACAACAACAGAAGAGCCAUCGCAAUAGGCGGUGAAAUAAAGGGGUUUUCAUAUUGCUAUUAUUCCUUGCGAGUAAAAUCCGAGCAGUUUGGUGGUGUGUGAGAGGGCGGAGAGAGAGAAGAAAAACAAGUGCACAACAAAGGUGUAACCCCCCCUGUGAGGAGUUUUUUUGAGUGUCGUACCCUGCCUGUCCCCCCUUCUACUCGUGAAGGAUUUUGAUUGAGAAAAGUUUCCAAUCCUCUCAUUCAAUGUCCCCUGGUUUAGUGUGUUGAUUGGUUUAAGUUAUACAAAUUUGUUUAAUGGUGUAACCGAAUCGUGUCCAGAUAAAAAAGGAUUCAACAUAAGCCAACGAAAAUGUCCGACAAAAUUAAGGUCGCGGUGCGGGUUCGUCCCUUCAAUCGCCGAGAACUGGAGCUCGCCACCGAGAAUGUGAUAGAAAUGAACGAUUCACAGACGAUUUUGAAAUAUCCUGCCACAUUAGAUAAGAUGGAAAGAAAACCGCCAAAAAUAUUCGCAUUCGAUCACUGUUUCUACUCGACGGACCCGGAUGCGGACAACUUCGCCUCCCAGGAGCUGGUGUUCGCCAACAUGGGCCGCGACAUCCUGGACAAUGCCUUCCAGGGCUACAACGCGUGCAUAUUUGCCUACGGCCAGACCGGGUCCGGAAAGUCCUACACCAUGAUGGGCAACCAGGAGAACAAAGGCAUCAUCCCGAGGCUGUGCGACGAGCUGUUCGGGUCGAUUGCGGCCAAGCAAACCGAAGAGCUGACCUAUAAGGUCGAGGUGUCCUACAUGGAAAUCUACAACGAGAAAGUGCAUGACCUGCUGGAUCCAAAGACGAGCAAACAGUCGCUCAAGGUGCGGGAACAUAACGUCCUCGGGCCGUACGUGGACGGGUUGUCCCAGCUGGCAGUCACAUCGUUCAUGGACAUCGAUAACCUGAUGGCCGAGGGUAACAAAUCCCGGACGGUGGCGGCAACCAACAUGAACUCGGAAUCGUCCCGUUCGCAUGCAGUCUUCACGGUGGUGCUCACGCAGACCCUGAUCGACACACUUUCCGGCGUGACGGGCGAGAAGGUGUCCCGGGUUUCACUGGUGGAUUUGGCCGGUAGUGAACGGGCAGUGAAAACUGGUGCUGUGGGGGAACGAUUGAAGGAGGGUUCCAACAUCAACAAAAGUUUGACCACGUUGGGUUUGGUGAUAUCGAAGCUAGCUGACCAGGCCAGUGGGAAUCGAAACAAAGAUAAGUUUGUUCCCUAUCGAGAUUCGGUGCUGACGUGGUUGCUGAAGGAUAAUCUAGGUGGAAACUCCAAAACCGUCAUGGUGGCAACAUUGUCACCGGCUGCAGAUAAUUACGAAGAGACACUAUCUACACUAAGGUAUGCGGAUCGAGCCAAACGAAUCGUGAAUCACGCCGUGGUGAAUGAAGAUCCUAAUGCUCGAAUCAUCCGAGAACUUCGUAAGGAGGUUGAAACAUUGAGGGAAAUGUUGAAACAUGCGACCGGGGCAAGCAUUGGAGAUAUGAAGCGUGGAGACAUUCACGACAAAUUGGCGGAAAGUGAAAAUCUGAUGAAGCAGAUCUCGCAAACGUGGGAAGAGAAGCUAGAAAAGACAGAACAGAUACAAAGUGAAAGACAGCAGGCCCUCGAGAAGAUGGGAAUCAGUGUUCAGGAUAGUGGUAUCAAAGUGGAGAAGAACAAGUACUAUCUAGUGAACUUGAACGCCGAUCCUUCGUUGAAUGAGCUGCUCGUGUACUAUCUCAAGGAUGUUACGCUAAUUGGAGGUAGAAGUAAUGACGUUAACAAACAGCCUGAUAUUCAACUGCUCGGAUUGGGCAUUCAACCGGAACACUGUCUGAUUACCAUCGAAGACGGUGAGCUGUUCAUGGAGCCGAUCGAGAAUGCCCGCUGUUGUGUGAACGGUUCCGUUGUAACGGACAAAACCUCCUUGAACCACGGUGACCGCAUCCUGUGGGGUAACCAUCACUUCUUCCGCGUGAACUGUCCAAAAUCCAACAACAACAAUAACAAUCUGUCCUCGGAACCUCAAACCCCUGCUCAACACUUGGACUACUACUACGCUCAAGAAGAACUGAUGCAGAACGAAUUUAGCAAUAAUCCGAUCCAGGCUGCCAUCUCCCGGCUGGAGAAGCAACACGAAGAGGACAAACAGGUCGCGCUGGAGAAGCAACGGCAGGAGUACGAGAAGCAGUUCCAACAGCUGCGGAACAUCCUGUCGCCGACGACUCCGUACGCGCCCUACGCUCCGUACGAUCCAUUCCGUCUAGGUAAACUCCCUCCAAACACACCAAACGCUCAACUGCGCGUAGAAAAGUGGGCCCAAGAGCGGGACGAAAUGUUCAAACGAUCCCUAGGCCAACUCAAAACCGACAUUGUGCGGGCCAACUCCCUAGUCCAAGAGGCUAACGUGCUCGCCGAAGAGAUGGACAAACAAACCAAAUUCAGCGUCACCCUGCAGAUUCCGCCGGCCAACCUCAGCCCGAACCGGAAGCGGGGUGCCUUCGUCAGCGAACCGGCCAUUCUCGUGCGUCGAAUGAACUCCGGCAGCCAAAUAUGGAGCAUGGAAAAGCUGGAGAACAAGCUGAUCGACAUGCGAGAUUGGUACCAAGAGUUCAAGGAUAACAACUUCACGCUUAUGGACGAGAACAAAAACAAAUCGGAUCCGUUCUAUGAGUCGCAGGAGAACCAUAACCUCAUCGGUGUAGCCAACAUUUUCCUAGAGGUCCUAUUCCACGACGUUAAACUGGACUAUCACACUCCAAUCAUUAGUCAGCAAGGAGAGGUGGCCGGAAGAUUACAAGUGGAAAUAAGCCGAGUAGCUGGCCAAUUCCCGCAAGAUCGAAUCAACGAAUCGGCUUCGGAAAGCUCCCAGGACAGUCACGAAGAUGACGAUAUGUGCGAUCCCCCCAGUAAUCAAGUCACCUGUCGGAUCAGCAUCAAGCAAGCUUCCGGCUUACCGCUCUACCUGUCCAAUUUUGUGUUCUGUCAAUACUCGUUCUGGAAUCACGAUGUGGCAGUCGUGCCGGCCACCAAUCAGGAAGUAGCUGCCCACAAUCAAAAUAUUACCUUUAAAUUUGACCAUGAAAAUGAUUUCAACGUAACGGUGAACGAAGAAUUUCUGGAACACUGUACCGAUGGAGCUCUGUCAAUUGAAGUUUGGGGCCAUCGGUCGGUUGGAUUCUCACGUGCUAAAGAUUGGGAAGUCGAACAGCAACAGGCCAAGGCACGAUCACUUGCUGAUCGAUGGGCCGAACUGUCCCGAAAAAUUGAACUGUGGGUUGAGAUUCAUGAGUUGAAUGAUAACGGCGAUUGGGCCCCGGUAGAUGUCCAGUGUUCAAAGGAUAUGCUGACCGGUGGAGUUUAUCAAUUAAGACAAGGUUUUCAGCGACGAGUCUUGGUCCGCGUUAAACCGGUUCAGAACUCCGGCACACUACCAAUUAUUUGUCAGUCAAUCAUAAACGUUUCCGUGGGUUGCGUUACUGUGCGAUCAAAGCUGCAGAAGCCGAUGGAUUCAUAUCAAGAGGAAGAUCUCACGGUGCUACGAGACAAAUGGAGUGAGGCUCUUGGCCGACGGCGGCAAUAUCUGGAUCAACAAAUUCAGAAGCUGAUCAACAAAGAUGAUAAGACCGAGCAGGAGAAGGAAAGAGAGCAAAGUCUCGUCAAUCAAUGGGUCUCGCUGACCGAGGAACGUAAUGCCGUACUUGUACCAGCCCCAGGUUCUGGAAUUCCUGGUGCUCCAGCAUCCUGGGAUCCACCAUUGGGGAUGGAGCCGCACGUACCUGUCCUAUUUCUGGAUCUCAAUGCCGACGAUCUGACCACUCAGAGCGUGAACGACGAAGUUCCAAUCGCCGGUAUCAACUCUAUCUUGCCAAAGGAACACGGAAACAAGUUCUACAACCUGCAAAUCAUUCAACACCAGGAUAAGGACAUUUGCGCCUGUUGCAGUUGGGACUCGUCGAUACACGACAGCCCAGCGUUGAACCGAAUGACAGAGGCUAACGAGCGAGUUUAUCUGAUUUUGAAGACAACGGUUCGGUUGUCUCAUCCCGCGCCAAUGGAUUUGGUGCUACGAAAGCGAUUAGCAUUGAACAUCUACAAACGGCAAAGUUUCACCGAUCGACUGAAAAAGUUGCGCAUUGGUCGCGCUGAAUCCAGUUCGCUACAAUCGGGUGUGACAUACGAAGUUGUGUCCAACAUUCCAAAGGCAUCCGAAGAGCUGGAAGAUCGCGAAUCGUUGGCCCAGAUCGCCGCAACUGGAGAGGAUGUGUCCGCAAGCGAUGGUGAAACAUAUAUCGAAAAAUAUACCAAAGGAGUCUCAGCGGUGGAAAGUAUUCUCACUCUGGACCGUUUACGACAGAGUGUGGCUGUGAAGGAACUGGAACAGGUCCGCGGUCCGACGUUAUCGAUGCGAAAGACAGCCAGCGUGCCGAACUUCUCUCAGGUCGUAAAAGAUACCCGGGAACAUACUGGCCUCACCACUUCGAUGACCAUGAGGUUCUUCGACGCGUCGUUAGAAUCUCUGCUGGGCAUCGGCCGGUCGGAAUCGUUUGCUGAUUUGAAGAUGGGACUCAAUUCAGCUCAAAGCACCCGUGAAACGAGCACGAAUCGACAGAAACUGAAGAACACCACCACUGGCAGCAGUGAUGAAUCGCCAAACUCUUCCUACGGAGCAGCUCGUCCCACAUUCCUAAACCUUAACAUAAAUUUAAACUCCCUGCGAUUACAGCCAACAAAGCCGUCCCCGGCGGCUAGCAAACUAGCCCAACGGAUGACAACCCUGCACGAGGAACCCCUGAUCAAGCAAAUCUGCUACGAGGAGGAGGGCGAAGAUCGAUUCAGCGAACCCGAGUACGCCGAUUACGAUUUCUACGAGCCCGCCAAAAAGCCCAACCUCUCGAAGAUGAAGUCCUCCUACACGGUGGAAUCGUUCAUCGACAUCGACAAGCGGCCCCCGACCAACGAUCUGGGCGGAAAGUACGGCGGCAGCGCAAUGGCCAAAGGUAAAAUGGGAAGCAUGAUGUCCGGUGGUGGUAGUGUUGGCACAGGUACCGGUGGUGGAAUAGUGAAAAGCCAAAAUAUUGCCGCUGGGACGCCCAGCAUGAGCUCUUCGACGUCCAGUGGAUACGGCUCGCAGGCCGUUUCCUGCAGUAACCUUACCAACGACGAUUCGUACUCGAUCCGGUCGCUAAGCGUCGGAGAAACUCCAGAAACCAUGUCACCGUCCAACAUGCGAAACGACCACACCAAUGCCAAAUCGUCCGAUUGCUAUACCCCGGCGGAGAUCAACAGCGGCUUCAACGCCAGUGCAAUCAGCAGCGAAUUCCCGAAGCGGGUGAAUCCAUUCCUGAAGGACGUUGCCAACUUUGACCAGCUGAAUGGCAAUCAGGGCGAAGAGUAUGAUGACGAGCGGGCCACUGAGCUGCAUCAGAUGUACAACAAUAACCUCAAGCGAGCCAGCGAACCGGCGAUCCUGAGCUCGUCUUCGGCAUCCGAAAUGAUCAACGAGGAGGAUGAAGGUGUUGAUGAACAGGGCGGCGAUGUCGAGGAAGACGAGGAAGAGGAAACCACCAGGACGAUUGAGGAAGUUGGCGAGGAACAGAUGCAGCAGCAGGAAGAGUGCAAUAUGAACGAAACCGUCGACGAGGAGAACAAUAGUUCAAAACUGAUGAACGAUUCGGAUGUCAUGGAGAGUAGUUUCACGACGCCCAGCAAGCAUGAGAAUAUUCCCGAAUGGGUUGUUGUUGGAGAGUCGGUGCAAAUAAGGCCAUACAAUACAAGUGGUGUUAUCGCGUUUGUUGGUGGAACGCAUUUCCAGGGUGGCACUUGGAUCGGCGUAGAACUGGACACACCAACCGGCAAGAACGACGGCACGGUGCAAGGAAUACAGUACUUCAACUGUAAGCAGAAGCAUGGAAUUUUCGUCCGGGUGGACAAACUCAUCCUGGACAAACGGGGUCGUGCAAUUCGAGAGCUGAAGCGGGCCGAAAAGAUGAAAGCGGAAUUCGCUGGCCAGAAGGGCAAACCGGUCAGCGCGAACGGGCCACGCAAAUGAUACGGGUUUAACCGUGGUCUCAGCACCGCGAUGUUGUCGAGUGGAUCCUGCUCGGCUGCCGCGGUGGCGAGACCGAUGCCACGGCGACGGUUCGUACCCAAGUCCGCGUCCAUGGCGGCAUUCGGAAGGACGAAGUGAAUAACUGUAUAGCAGUAAUAGCACAUAACCUCUUUAUGGAUUUUCCAAGUUUCUUACAGUCAAAGGAACAACGGAAAAUGUCGAUAUAGAGAAAUCAAUCAGUAACCGAAGAGUAAAAAGAGAUUCGUUUCAUCAAACCACCCUAGAUCAUCCUCGAUAGCGUACCUUGUUUUUUCGUGAUUAAGUUUACAAUGUCGUGAUAAUAUACAUACAAGCCGUUUAGAGAUUACCCACUAUGAAGAAUGGUAUGUAUUAAGCAAAAAUGAUUUCUGAGCAAUGGAUAAGGAUAAUAAUUGUGUAUCCAGUUUAAUUCUAUUAUUUAUACUUUUAUAGAGUGUGACAUAGAAAAAAAAGACAAAUUGCAUCCAUACCAAGCUUUUUCCCUAAAUCAGAAAAAGGGGUAACUGAAUAUAUUUAUUGAAUAAGCGUUUGCAAGUGCAUUCUAGAUAGAACGAGUGAAAAGCCGUAAUUUAGAAAACCGUGUCAGGAAAGCAAAUUUACGAUCCAAAACGAUAUAAUGAAACCAACCAGUUCUGUCCAAGGUCAUCAUUGAAGUGAAACCACAACCACAAAGCAAGCUCUAAAGUUAUUAUCAGCUAUAUUGUAUACACCGUAAGCAAACAAAAAGUAAAAAACACAAAGAUUGUGUUGAAAAUUGGAGGAGUUUUCACCCUUUAAGGAGGAAAACAAUUAUUGCAGGUGACACUAUAUAUUGCUAAGAGAAUCAAGAAUUCAACCACACACACAACCAGAACAACAACUUUGUAGCCAAAAUCAGUCGAACGAAGCAGGAGUCGAGGGUUCAAAGACAGAGACGAUUGAUAUAACAACUAUAAAUAUUUAUAUUUAUACACUACAAAAAAACAAGAAGUAAAAUAUGUCAUUAUGAAACGAUUUAUUCUACCGCUUCUUUGCUACAAGACAAAGCCAAGCAAGACAAGCCGUUUUUCAAUCUCUUUCUUCUGUAAAAUCUAUACACAGCGGUACAGAACGACAGCAACAGAAAACCAAUAGCCACUGAUGAAGGAAAUGGAUACGACGAUACUCUCAUAUGCAGCACAGCUUGAAAUCAGAAAUUGAGUCGGAUUAACCACAGUUAUUCGAAGUGGCAAAUCAGAUGAAUGGUAUAUUUUCUUCGGAAAUUAUGCUGACUAUUUGAAUAGCUAUUUAGUUUUACCUCUUGAAUCAAUUAUCAAAUUUGUUCAACUGAUUUCGCCAUUCCGGACCACUGUGUAAUCGAAUCAGAAAACUUUCAUCGGAAAAGCCCAAGCAUGAAGCAAAAAGCCAGAAUACAAUAGUUCAACGCUUGCCACACUGAUUCUUAAAAACCGACAUAGUAACAUUCAAACCAUAGGAUCCUAUCGACAGCCACAACCCAAACUUCUCUUUCUAAAAAAACAAUGAAGCCAGUAAUCAGUAGAAUAGAGUUAAACGAAAAAGAACCUAAAAUCAAUGUGAUGAUGUGUCCAGUCGCGUAUUCUGUAGUUAUAGGCGACAGCAAUGUAACAAGAGACUACCAAAAACUUUCAAACAUUCAGUGAGUCCAUCCCUUUUCACCAUCAAAAUUUUUUGAGUCUGGUUUACAACAUUCAAAAAAGAGUAAAAAAACAAUUCGAUUGUAAUAUCAUUAGUUGGUAGGAAAAGACGCUAGGAAUGAUUUCUUCUACAGCCCCGACCUCGGUAUUUUCUAAGUAGUCAAUAUGUGCGUGUGUGUUUUUUAGCUGUGGCUUCGAAAUUGAACCGGAACUGAUUAAUUUUUUCUCCCAGUGUUAGGAAAGUGAAGGAAUGGGACGUAUCAGCAAGCAACAAAGCAAAAACCAAAAACGACGAGUGAGACAAAGUUUUGGAACGCGGCGCGGGAGAGAUUGACUCUCGAACGUGCAAGUUUAGUUGGGGUUUCCAAC